AUGCAGGAUUCCGAGCAAGAGAAAGAACUUGCCCAGGUCCUUCCUGUCUAUGGGGUGACCAGCCUGAGGAGCCGCGAUUCCUGGGACUAUGAGUCGCACGUCCCGAGCUGGGGUAAUCAGGAUGAUUACCAACUGGUUCGAAAACUUGGUCGGGCCAAGUAUAGUGAAGUAUUUGAGGCCAUUAACAUCACCAACAAUGAGAGAGUGGUUGUGACAAUCCUCAAGCCAGUGAAGAAAAAGAAGAUAAAACGAGAGGUUAAGAUUCUGGAGAACCUUCGUGGUGGAACAAAUAUCAUUAAGCUGAUUGACACUGUAAAGGACCCUGUGUCAAAGACCCCAGCUUUGGUAUUUGAAUAUAUCAAUAAUACAGAUUUUAAGCAACUCUACCAGAUCCUGACAGACUUUGAUACCCGGUUUUAUAGGUAUGAACUACUUAAAGCUCUGGAUUACUGCCACAGCAAGGGGAUCGUGCACAGGGAUGUGAAGCCCCACAAUGUCAUGAUAGAUCACCAGCAGAAAAAGUUGCGACUGAUAGAUUGGGGUCUGGCCGAGUACUACCAUCCCGCGCAGGAGUACAAUGUCCGGGUGGCCUCGAGGUACUUCAAGGGGCCUGAGCUCCUUGUGGACUAUCAGAUGUAUGACUGUAGCUUGGAUAUGUGGAGUUUGGGCUGUAUGUUAGCAAGCAUGAUCUUCCGAAAGGAACCCUUCUUCCAUGGACAGGACAACUAUGACCAGCUUGUCCGCAUUGCCAAGGUUCUGGGUACAGAGGAGCUGUAUGGGUAUCUGAAGAAGUACCACAUAGACCUGGACCCACACUUCAACGACAUCCUGGGACAACACUCUCGGAAACGCUGGGAAAACUUUAUCCAUAGUGAGAACAGACACCUGGUCAGCCCGGAGGCCCUAGACCUUCUGGACAAGCUUCUGCGAUACGACCAUCAACAACAGCGACUGACUGCCAAAGAGGCCAUGGAGCACCCGUACUUCUCCCCUGUGGUGAAGGAGCAGUCACAGCCAGGCGCAGACAACGCCGUGCUCUCUAGUGGUCUCUCGGCGGCACGAUGAAGGCAGGGAGCGCUGGGUAAUGCGGCAUUGAUGCUUGCCAAUAAACCAACCAACCAAAACACAAACCAUGAAGGAAAAGUACAGUGUGAUACAAAGAAACCCUAAUCGUUCCUUCUAAAUGCAAAGAAGAGAAUAAAGACCUAAAAGUCAAAAAGCAAGCAA